AUGUCAAGUUUUCACAGCCAUCCUCUCGGAAUAGUGACUCUUAUCGCGCACUUCAUUCAGUGUUUGAGCGCCCUCAUUGUGCUGGGCAUUACGGCCUGGGCAGUUCAAGGGACCAAAACGCUGACAGUGAUAUUUGCUCUUGUCGUCGCUGUCUUAACUCCUGUCGCGUUCGCCUUGUCCACUGGGGCUAGCUGCAUUACCAGAACCCGAAGAUGGCACGUAUUGCCUUUGUACUUUACCGACAUGGCGCUCUCUUACCUGUGGCUCACUGCGUUCAUCUUCCUCGCCCAGAAUUUCAACCGAGUCAGCUGCACCAUCUCACGGUGGAACGGGGAGACGGUGUGUAGCCGGAAAUAUGCCGCAGAAGCAUUUAGCUUCAUUGCAUUGUUAGUAUUCUCUGAAACAAUACAUGCUCAUGUGCAUCCUGCUGACUGGCGGCAGCUU